CGGGAGUUCUGGGGUUAUCCCUGGAAUUCGGGAUCCCGGGAAAAGCGGAGCCUCCGCCCGCUCCUUAUCAGCGCCGAGCCCAAACAAUUCCCUCUGCCCGCGGCUCCGCGGCUCCUGCCGGGAUAAACAAUUCCCAAAAAUCCGCCGGGAACGCUCAUCCCGACCCCUCGCACCCCGGAAAUGACGGGGGCGCGCUCGGGGGCGCCCUUGGAAUUCCAGAGGGGGGGAUCUGGGCUGGUUCCCAUCGGGAUAUAAACGCGGGCCGACGCUCCGCGCUGGGAAUCGCGGGGAUUUUCCGGGAUGCGCUCCCAAAUCCGCCUCCUCCUGGCGCUGCUCUGCGCGGCCCCCGCGGCCGCGGCGCCUCCGCCCUGGGAGCCGGCAUGGAGCGAUCCCAACCCCAAUGCCAAUCUCAAUCCCAAUUCCUGGGGCUGGGGGGACGCGGAGCAGCCGCAUUCCCCCUCGCGGUGGCAUUCCCGGGCGCAGAUCCCGGUGGAAGUGCAGUGCCAGGAGGCGCAGCUGGUGGUGACCGUGCACCGCGACCUGUUCGGCACCGGCCGCUUGGUCAGCGCCGCCGAGCUCAGCCUGGGCCCCGCCGCCUGCAAACAUUCCCGCAUGGAUCCGUCCCAGAAAACCGUCACCUUCAGCGCCGGCCUGCACGAGUGCGGCAGCACCGUCCAGGUCACUCCGGAUUCCCUGAUUUACCGCACGCUCCUGAGCUACGAUCCCAGCCCCGGCAGCAAUCCCGCCAUCGUGCGCAGCGACCCGGCCGUCAUUCCCAUCGAGUGCCACUACCCCAGGCGGGAUAACGUCUCCAGCGGCUCCAUCCGUCCCACCUGGUCUCCCUUCAACUCCGCUCUGGCCUCCCAGGAGAAGCUCCUGUUCUCCCUGCGCCUCAUGAACGAGGACUGGAGCUCGGAGCGGGAUCUCUCGGCGUUCCGCCUGGGGGACGUGCUGAACAUCCAGGCCGAGGUGGGCGCCCACAGCCACGUCCCACUGCGGCUCUUCGUCGACUCCUGCGUGGCCACGCUGGGCCCUGGCGCGGGCACCGAGCCCCACUACGCCAUCAUCGACUUCAACGGCUGCCUGGUGGACGGGCGCUCUGAUGCCACCAGCUCGGCCUUCGUCACCCCCCGGCCGCGGCAGGACGUGCUGCGCUUCCAGAUCGACGCCUUCCGCUUCGCCGGCGACCCCCGCAGCCUGAUCUACAUCACGUGUCACCUGAAGGUGACACCAGCCGAGCAGAGCCCGGACGCGCAGAACAAGGCCUGCUCCUUCAGCAAGGCGCGCAACAUCUGGGCGCCCGUGGAGGGGACAAGGGACAUCUGCAGCUGCUGCGAGCUGGGCAACUGCGGCCGGAGGCCAGCGGAGACCUGGAACGGCCACCGCUACCGGAGACACGAUGGGGACGGUGCCACCUCUGAAGCUGAUGUUGUCAUCGGUCCCGUGCUGCUCUCGAGUGCCCAGCGUGGCCAGCGCCCCGAGGGCCACCAGGGCGCGGUGGCGCCGCUGGCCGUGGGGACAGCGCUGGCCUGUGCGGUGGCCGGCGUGGCCGUGGCCGGAGCCGCGCUGGCCAUUGGCCUCAGGCGCCGGAAUUCCCCGUGA